AUGGUAUCAGGAGAGCCAUCCUCUAACGAGAACUCGAUCCCCACUUCUGAGACCAAUCGUAAUUCGGUUACGACACCACCAUCCCCCACAGAAACUCCUCUCAUUGCUCUCAAUAUUGCAGCCCAAAUUAAUGAAAAACUCACACCCUCAACCUUCCCACAGUGGCGUGCCCAGUUUGAAGCACUGCUCAUUGGGUAUAACCUGCUUGAGUAUGUCACUGGAAAUCAUCCCUGCCCAUCUUUCCUUGAUCCCACUAUCACCAACCCACAAAAAAGUCACUGGAUCCGCCAAGAUAAGCUUAUCCUCAGUGCCAUUUUGGCAUCUACUACCCCCACCAUUACUCCUUUCAUUUUCGCUGCCAAGACAUCUAAAGAAGCAUGGCACAAAUUGCAUACGAUGUAUGGGAGCAAAUUGCGCACCCACGCUAUGCAACUCAAGGAGGAGUUGACAAUGAUAAAGAAAGGAAAACAAACAGUUCAGGAAUACCUGCAUACUGUCAAGGCCCUUGCUGAUGAGAUCUCACUGAUUGAUCAUCCUAUUUCUGAAGAUGAUCUCACACUAUACAUUCUAAAUGGACUGGGCAGUGAUUUUCGUGAGAUUGCAGCACCCAGUCGUCUAGAAGCUUCCACUCAAUAG